AUGGCCGAUGAUACGUCAAGAAACGUUUCGUCUCUUCAUAGUUCAACCGCAACGUCGAGUAGUUCGAAAAAGGAUAUAGAUAUCUUCCGUAAACCACUGCCACCAGUCCCUGUUGAACAGCAAACACCAUCUUCGCGUCGACAGAAGCGCAAAAUACUUGCUGAAGAAGAAUUCGUUCGAGAUUUGGGACAUAUUAUUGAACGCGAUUUUUUCCCCGAUAUAAAACGUUUACGAGCUCAAGCAGAAUAUCUGACAGCUCUCGAGAAAAACGAUGUGGUUACUUUGAGAGAAAUGCAUGCAAAGUAUAGUAUUCAUCGUGGUCCAAGUCCAUCUCCAUCAAUGAUGGGUAUUCGAGAUACGCCAUCGAGUUCUUUUGAGACACCGAUUAAUAGAGUACGUGAUACGCCGAAAACAAUAAAAGAUGAUGAACUGGAUCAAGAUGACUUAUCUUCAAAUGGUAGAAAAUCUCGCGGCAAUGACGAUGAUUUCGAUAAACAGUCUGUGUCAUCAACAUCGUCAGUAACAAAAAAGCCACGUGAUCUUCCACUUGAUCAAUACUUAGCUAUAAACACCAGUGAAGAUAAUCUUUCAUUUGAACAAGUGAUGGAAGAGACAGAGAAAAAAGAACGUGCCAAAGUUCAUCAAGCUUGGCUUUACGAACAACAAGCAUUAACGCAUUCCGGUAAUAAUGGUGCACUGGCUCCGAAUCUCCCGGUUCCAUCGAUCGAAGAACAAGCAAAAACGAAUAAUCCCGAUGCCAUAGAAUUCUGGCCUUAUACAGUCAAAAAUGCUGUUAUGUACGUUCCUGAUGGCGCUAAGCUGACAGCAGCAGAAAAAAUCGAACAAGCUAAACAUGUUCGUUCUAUACAUCAUACGAAUACUCGUUUCGAAGUCGAUCCUUUUACAAUUAAACCUGACUCUUCCAGCCAUUCCGCAACACCAGCUGGUUCACGCCCAUCAGCUCAACCCAAAUUCGAUAUCAAUGGUCAAGAAAUCAAAGAUUCACAAAGUCCAAAAAUAGGGGGCUAUGGAUUUGUUGUUACACCAUCACCCAUGCCAGGCGCCCAUGGCGAUGAAUCACCUAUGAUGACUUGGGGCCAAAUCGAAGGCACACCCUUCUGUUUGGAUGCAGGCAGUGAAACUCCACGUACACUUACCAGUGGACCACAAUUCAAGAUUAUCGAAACACCUCUACGAGAACAAUUAGCUAUGGAAUUAGUAGAAAAAAAUGCAGCACAACAUCGUCAAAAGAAACUAGAAGCAAUGAAAACUAUUAAUCGAAAUUUUUCAUCCUCUAGUAAUACAAAGCAAACAAAAGAAUUGCUUGUAUCAAAUAUGAGUCCAGCAGCUCAACGUCUUCUGACUAAUCGUCUCGGUAUUCAACGCACGCACUCCACCAGCUCACAAAGACAAAAUGCAUUGACACCGUCACCCGUUGUUCGCGAUGGUCUUCUUGGUGAUCGAACGCCGCGAACACCGUUAAACGUUGGAAUUAUUAAACACACGCCAAAAGCAUCCAAUUUAACGUCAACAUCUACUGCGCCGUCAGCCAGUAGUUUAACAGAUAACCUUCUAAACUUGAAACGAUGA